AUGGCUUCUUACCACACCCGAUCUUUCAGUUUCCCCUCGAACUCUCACCCAACUGCUGAUCAGUUGGAUGAACAAUUGUGCAGAUUGAGGUCAUCUCAAGCUACUUCUACUUCAUCCCUAACCAGCAAGCUUAGCGGCCUAAAUGAUUUAUACAAGUGUGUUGAAGAGUUUCUUCAACUACCCCAAAAUCAGAAAACCGUAUCUCAAUCUCAAGGUGAAAAUGUAGUUGAGCAAGUGUUGGAUGGAUCUCUAAGACUACUUGACAUCAUUUCAACAUCUCGAGAUGUCUUGGCACUUUCAAAGGAAAGGCUUCAAGACAUAGAAUCAGUUCUUAGAAGAAGGUGUAGUGGUGAACUUGACAUUACCAAUGAAGUUGUUGAGUACCUAAAAACCAGAAAAGCUUCCAAGAAAACAAUCAAGAAGUCCUUGAAAAAUAUCAAAGAAGCAGAGCAAACUACCAAGGACAACGCGGUUGAAAGCCUGUUGAAGGAUGUGAACACAAUAACCCUUGAUAUCUUCAAAUCUGUAUUGUCCUACAUUGGUGGAUCACAAAAAAGUAGCUGGUCUUUCUCUAAACUUGUUCGACAAAGAGCCGAGAAGGAAACAACAGCAUCCAUCAGCGAGUUUGAUGCUGUUGAUGCUGCUCUUGAAUCAAUGAUCAGCCAGAAAAAGAAAGUAGAUGUUGAUAUGUCACAAUUGGUCAACUUGGAGUCAGAAAUCCAAGAAAUUGAUGAAGUUUUGGAAUGCUUAUUUAGGCAUCUGGUUAAGACCAGAGCAACUCUUCUCAAUGUCCUUAGCAACUAGAACAAAAAUUUAUCCCUGUACAAAAAUUUUGAUCUGUGAAUAUAUACAAAAUGAAUAUACUACAAAUUAUCUCUAA